AUGCGACCCCAAAUUCGAAUACCCAUUCCGUUCCUACUCCCUUGUAGCUGCCCUAUAUCGGCAUCAGCAUCUUCGUCGUCAAUAUCGUCCAAUUCCUUAUUCCUGUAUGCUCCCAAUUCCCGACUGUCACAAUGGACAUGUCGCCAAUGUCUGGAGCAACGUCGGGUGCAAAGACAUCAGAUCGCCCACCUUCUUUCGCGUGAAUAUUCAACGACUACACCACAGUUUCAAAAGUUCAAUAAUAACUGGGGGAACAACACCAAUGAUAAGAGGCGGCCUAGAAGGGCGUUGCGAUAUGCCGCGGCAGGGGGAACGUUGGGGGCGGCGUUGUUCGCGUUCUCGGACGAUUUGAAGCAUGUAUAUUCGGCGGCGGAAAGGACGGGGAGGGUUAGUGUUGCGUUGGCCGUUUGCAUUAACGACUACCGCAAGACCUUAAACCGAGAUUCGGACUCCGAGGAAGAAAAAGCGGAGUGGUUGAAAGCCUGCCACAAGCGCUGCGCGCAACGGACCCUGCGCGUGCUGGAAAAGAAUGGAUCAAUAUUCAUCAAGCUGGGACAACACUUGAGUAGCAUGGGUUAUCUCUUGCCACUGGAAUGGACUACGACAUUUAUCCCUCUGCAGGAUAAAUGCCCGGUCUCUUCGUUUGAGUCAAUUGAGGAGAUGUUCGUCAAGGAUACUGGACACACGAUCGACGAGCUUUUCUCGAGUUUUGAUAGAGUCCCCAUCGGAGCUGCAUCCCUGGCGCAGGUUCAUGUCGGUGUGCUAAGGGCAACAGGCCAGAAGGUUGCGGUGAAGGUCCAACACCCCACGUUGGCUGAAUGGGUUCCGCUAGAUCUUGCAUUGACCCGGUUUACAUUUUUGAUGCUGAAAAAGUUCUUUCCGGAAUACGAUCUUGAGUGGCUAUCUAAUGAGAUGGAGUUUUCUUUGCCGCAGGAGUUGGAUUUUAGAAUGGAAGGGGAGAAUGCCAAGAGAGCCCGCGAGUAUUUUCGGAAGAAGGCGAUUGCUGUUGCGCCAUUGGUUAUUCCUCAAGUGAUGUGGGCAAAGAAGAGAAUUCUCGUCAUGGAAUUUAUUGCGGGCCAUCGGCCUGACGACCUCGAAUAUUUAGACUCCAACAAAAUUGAUAGAGACGAGGUGUCCGCGGCGCUGGCGCACAUAUUCAACGAGAUGAUUUUCGGAGAUGGUGCUCCUCUCCAUUGUGACCCCCAUGGUGGGAAUAUCGCUGUCAGGAAAAACAAUUCGAGACGACAGCCAAAUUUUGAUAUCAUUCUCUACGAUCACGGCCUAUAUCGUGACAUCUCCACGGAACUACGACGCAACUAUGCAAAAUUAUGGCUUGCUGUUAUCAAUUCCGAUGAAGCGGGGAUGCGCGAGUAUUCGCAUAAGGUAGCUGGAGUCACAGAUGCCCAAUUCCCUCUGUUUGCGAGUGCGAUUACAGGUAGGGACUACACCGUACUGUUGAAAAAGGAGGUCGUAUCAUCCCGCUCUGAGGAGGAAAAGGAAGCGAUAUCGAGUGCACUUGGCGAGGGCUUGCUUCAAGAACUAGUCCAAAUGCUUGGGAAGGUUCCCCGUAUCAUCCUUUUGAUUCUGAAGACCAAUGAUCUAACCCGCAGCCUCGACGAAAACCUUCACACCCGCCACGGGCCCCUACGCACAUUCUUGAUUCUAGCAAAGUAUGCAACCUGCACCGUCUUCGAGGAGCAAAUGGAAAUCAUUCACAAACACGGUAGCAUCCUGUGGCCACGAAACUUCGUCCGGUUCCUUCAGGCAUGGGCCAACUAUCUACGAGUCGAGAUUAAAUUGGAGUUUUAUGAGCAUUGGCUCUUGCUCAGGGGUCGGCUUGGCUUGCAUAACUGA